AGUGACAAUACCAAAACUACAACAUAGAGGUUGUGUAAAUAUGAGUUAUAUGUAUGUAAACUGGUAGUGAUCAUAUUACUACAGUAUGCCUUUAAAUGUUAUGUAACCCCAAAGGAGGGUAAGUUUGUAGGAGGGGUUACACAGUAUUUAAACACUGAACUUUAGUUUAGUACUUUCAGUUGUCUUCUCUGAAGUUAGUGACGUGUAAACAGCUCUUUCUGAAAGUAUGUAGGCAGUUAAAGAGGAUAUGUGUUAACUUUAAAUUGACAGGCACGAUGGGUGUGUUCAAGUACUCCCCGGUGGACUUCCUCUUCACUUGCGUGGGUCUGGUGUUCUUACUGCUUGACAUAGUGCUGGAUAUAUUUGCCGCUGUGUCUUUCUACCAGGAAAAGGCCUACGUGUGCCUCUUUAUCCUGGUGCUGUUUCUUGUAGGCUCAUCUGUGCUUGUGCAGGCCUUCAGCUGGCUGUGGUAUAGCUACGAGAACUUCAACAGGGAGACAAAGGUUGAGAAAUGCCUGAGCCUGAGCCAGCUCAAGCUUCUCCAUGUACUGCAGCUGGGAAUCUACUUCAGGCACGCAGGUGUUGUGGAGAUCUCCGUAUGCAGCUUCUUCUCAGAGCACCAAACCCCCGAGGACUUCGCAGUGUACCUGAGCCAUGAUCUCAGCAUGCUGCGGCUCAUAGAGACGUUUUCAGAGAGCACCCCUCAGCUCGUCCUCAUGCUCACGAUCAUCCUGCAGCGGGGCCAGCUCGACCCUGUGACAGUGUUGAAGGCCGUUGGGUCAGCCUCAGCCAUCGCCUUUAGCGUGACCACGUACCACCGCUCCCUGCGCUCCUUCCUGCCCAACAAGGAGAAGCAGCAGAUGAGCUCAUCGGUGGUCUAUUUUUUCUGGAACCUGUUUGUCAUCUUGUCUCGCCUCACCGCCCUCGCCCUUUUCGCCUCCGUGCUGCCCUGCUACAUCUUCACCCACUUCUUUUGCUCUUGGAUGGUUUUAUUCUUCUUCGUCUGGCGAUCAAAGACUGAAUUCAUGGACAGCCCAUCCGGAGAAUGGCUUUACCGAGCCACUGUAGGCCUCAUUUGGUAUUUCGACUGGUUUAAUGUGGGCGACGGGAGGACGAGGUACAGGACUCUGCUCUAUCAUGGGUACAUACUGGCUGAUAUUUCCUUCCUCUGCAGUUUGUGGUGCUGGAAGAUGAGCACAGAAAUUCAACAAUGUCAUGCUAUAUUCAUUGCCGCCAGUGUUGUUGCAGUUUACCUCCUUGGUCUCUUAUUGAAAAUGAUAUAUUAUAUGUGCUACCAUCCAAAACUUUCCAAAGGGGAGUUGAAAGGGGACAGCACUGAAAUGUUCCUAACUGGACAGGGACCAACUAGGAGUCAAAUGUUUUCUGGAGAUGUGACAGUCUUUGCUAUGUCCUUAUCCGGGGACGUUGUCGACAACAUUCCUCAGUCCCUACUCACUAAUGACGACACAGACACAGAUGUUACAGAUCGCAGCCUCCCCAGUCCGCCAGCACCCGACAUCAAACGCUGCAAUAAAAGAAUGAGGAAGCUGGCCGAGAACUUCUACUCCUGACCUGCAUCACUUGACACCCACCAGACAUGGAGGUUAGCGAGGGACUGAGUCAUGCAGCCUAUUUAAUCACGUGGUUGUGUGGGAUAGAGGACUAUGACCUGCUCGCCGAUUAUCUGCAGAUACAACCUCAUAGGAGCACUUUCUUCAAUGUAUUAACUGGUGCUGCUGCUGUGUACCAACGCACAUAAAGUGCCAAUCAUUAUUUAAUUUGUUUUCCUUUUAAAGGAUAGGUUCACAUUUGUUCAAGUCUGUCUUAAUACAAUGCUUUUGUGCCCGUAUGUACAGUAAAUAGUUUUUGGUCGCUGUAAUUGUUCCUCCUGCUCAUACUGGCUGUGAAGACAUCCAUUCUUAAAGCUUUUCCAAUGUAAGAAAUGGGGUACAAAACCAACAGUCCUCUUUCUGUGCACUCCCCACUAUCUCAAAAGUAUUUAAAAUGGCUUACCAUUUAAAGUUUAAACCCUUAAGAUUUUCAUAUCAAAUCCCAUUUUUGAUACUAUUUACAGUCUGCAUUUUGUCUCCAAUAGCCAUUCAAUGUAAUAUCUCUCUAUACUGUUGUUUUUAUUGGUAGUGGUGGAGUCCGCUACUGGACAGCCUCACUGUUUACUGUUCGCUCUCUUUACACUGUCAGAGCUGCUUUACUGCUAAUGCAAACCCAACAUCUACUGCUACUUCCCCUUUUACAGUCACAGGAGUUAAGGUACGGUCACAUUACUAUUCUGUCCUUUUGAAGCUUCAGAUAAACUUUGGAAUUCAUGCUUACAUUUGAAUAGCAAUAGAUAAGGAUGUCUUUGGCCUGUAUGGACAGGAGGAAUGAUUUUUUUAGCGACCAAUAACUCUUUCCAUGUACAUAUGGACAAGUAUUGCAUUGGAUAAACCUUUCCUUUAACAGGUGCCCUGAUGGUUCUUCCAGUAUAGCAACAUUCCUUGUCAAGAACCUGACUUUACUGGAAAGGUUUUAAAGAUUAUAUUUAUAACAUAUGUUUACAUUGUUAUAUAACUAUUUUUUAAUCUAUCUUUGUACAUUAAUAAGUAAACAAAAACUUGAGUCUGAAA